GGCGCCGAUAAGUGCCUGCGCGGGCUGCGGGUGCUGGAGAUGUCGCGCGUGAUCGCGGCGCCCUUGGCCGGGAGGACGCUCGCCGCCCACGGCGCCGAUGUCCUGUGGGUGACCAGCCCCCAUCUCCCAGACUUGCCGGCACUGGAUCGCGAGCUGGGCCGGGGGAAGAGGACGAUACAUCUGGACUUGCGGGAUGGGCGGGAUGAGGCGGAGCUGUUCGGGCUCCUGGAUGAGGCGGACGUGUUCAUCCAGGGCUACCGACCGGGGAGUCUGGCGGCGCGCGGGCUGUCCCCGGAAGCGAUCGCGCGACGAUGUUCGGGUCGCGGGAUCAUCUGCGCGAAUCUGUCGGCGUAUGGGCCGGAAGGGCCGUGGGCUGGCCGUCGUGGGUUCGACUCUCUGGUCCAGACGUGCUCCGGGCUGAAUGUGUCCGAGGCCGAGCACUUCGGGGCUGGGGAGGCUGCCCGUCCGCUGCCGUGUCAGGCGCUGGAUUAUGCGGGGGGCUUCUUCCUGGCAGCCGGCGUUAUGGCGGCGCUGUACAAGCAGGCGACGGAGGGCGGAUCGUGGCAGGUGGAUGUCUCUCUGGCCGGGGCGAUGAAGUACCUGCGUUCGUUGGGACAAUACGAGGGCCGCAGUGGAUUUGACGCGCCCGAUUAUCUCCGUCCGGAGGAUGUGCCGUCGGAGUACAUGGAGACGCAUAUGACGGGGUUCGGCAAGAUGACCUCGGUGCGACAUGCAGGGUCCAUCCAGGGCGUGGAGGUUGGAUGGGAGAUCAUGCCGAAACCACUGGGCGCUGACGAGAAGCGAUGGUUAUAAUGAUGCGCUGCUGCAGGCCGGGAACACAGCCAACCCAUCUGUGGUUGUGGUCGAGUGUCGAGUGUCGAGUGUCUCAAGGGUCAAGAGUUCGACCUUGUGUGUCAUGUUGGGUGCAGUUACACACACAUCGCAUCUGUGCAUCUGCUUCCCACACCCCCUUGCUUCUUCCCUUCGCGUGAUAAAGGCGCCUGACAGGUUUUGUCGUUGCAUGUUUGUUCCCCCUCUGUAUGACCUCACAAUGCACGGUGCAUACACCCCCUCCCCCCUCCCCCCUCC